AAGUAAUGGUGAACGGGACUUUCGCAGGACCCAGCCCGCGGCAUCGCUGCGCAGUUGGGGUGGUGUGAAAAAGCAAGUCGGUUGGGUGCCCGCAUGAAAAAUACCUCUCAGCUCAUUUUGUUGUUUUUCCUGUCCUUAUUAGCAUUUAUAUCUGUAUAUUAUCAGUUUGAACUGUCAAGAUACCACCACCCUCGUAUUGAUUGCAGACGCGAUGCAGUACCGUCGGAGCCCAAGUUUUCAGGAGGCUGGGGUUAAUUACAAUGCACGACGCAAAGCUAUUACAACGUGGUG